AUGUCUUUGAAAAACAUCAGAAUUACAGGCUUUAAGGUAACCGACAUCAGAUUCCCUACCAGUUUAGACGGAAUUGGAAGUGAUGCUAUGCAUCAAGGUACUAAUGGAUCUCACCCCUUCUUGGAGUUGUACACCAACGAUGAUAAGGUAAUCGGUGAAGGUAUUGCUUUCAGUAAUGGAAGAGGAAGUGAAUUGGUGUGUGCUGCUCUGGAGAUCUUUGCUGAAAGGGUUGUUGGAAAGUCUCUGCACAGUCUGACCGAAAAUAUGGGGAACACAUGGAGAUAUAUGGUUUCUGAUUCUCAAUAUCGUUGGAUUGGUCCUGAGAAAGGAGUUACUCAUCUUGCCGUUGCUGGUGUCAUCAAUGCCAUUUGGGACUUGUGGGGUAAGGUAACUGAUAGACCAGUCUGGAAGAUUGUUGCAGACAUGACCCCUGAAGAAUUAGUCAGAUGCAUCGACUUUAGAUACAUCACUGAUGUCAUUACCCCUGAAGAGGCUAUUGAAAUGUUGAAAAAGACUCAAGUUGGGAAAGAGAAGAGAAUUCAAGAGGCAUUUGAUAACGUUGCCGUUCCUGCCUAUACCACUUCUCCAGGUUGGUUAGCCUUUUCUGGAGACAGGAUGAAAGAGGUUCUGCGAGAAACCAUUGCACAGGGUUUCACUGUCUUUAAGUUCAAAGUUGGUAGUGAUCUCAAGUCCGAUAAGGAGAGGUUGCAAGCAGUGAGAGAUAUUAUCGGCUAUGACGAAAAAUACCAAAUUAUGAUUGAUGCCAAUCAGAUCUGGAGUGUUCCUGAAGCCAUUGAGUGGAUGAAAGAGUUGGUUCAAUUCAAGCCCAUUUUCAUUGAGGAGCCAACUUCUCCAGAUGAUGUUCUAGGACAUGCUACCAUUCGUAAAGCCCUGAAGCCUUACGGAGUCGGUGUUGCUACUGGAGAAAUGGCAGCCAACAGAGUUAUAUUCAAACAGUUGCUCCAGGCAGAUGCUAUUGACGUUUGUCAAAUUGAUGCGGUGCGUCUUGGGGGUGUCAACGAGUGUUUAGCUGUUAUGUUGAUGGCACUCAAGUUCAAUGUUCCCUGCGUUCCUCACAAUGGGGCAAUGGGACUGACGGAGUUGACAUCACACUUGAGCAACAUUGACUACAUUUGUGUCAGUGGUAAAAAGAGUAUGUUGGAGGCUGCAGAGAGCUACAGAGAAAACCUAAGACACCCAUCUGUGAUCAAGAAUGCCCACUACGUGACUCCCUUAGCACCAGGGUACUCUACCGGUUACGUCCCAGGUGCUAUUGAAAAGUAUGUCUAUCCUAAUGGAACAUUCUGGACCUCUGAAAUUGGUGAAAAGAUCAAGCGUGCUCCCAAGGGAGGAGAAGGGUUGUUGAGUGAUGAUUAA